GAUUAGCAGGCGGCGCUGACUUGGGCCAUUAAUACUUAUCGUACGAAAAGAAGUUUGUAAUGGAUACAUUUUUAUGUUUCGUAGAACUGAAUUGACCAAUUCCGUCAGUUUGGGAUAAACAUGAGCGCACAUAUCAUCACUCCUGGGCCUUACCGAGCUACAAAGCUGUGGAACGAGGUGACUCGUCUCUUCCGAGCUGGUAUGCCACUCAAGAAGCACCGGCAGAGCUUAAGGAAUUACACCUCCUGCUUCACAGCGUCCGCUGCUGUAGAAUGGCUGCAUCAGAUGCUCCGUAGCAACAGCAACUUCGGCCCUGAGGUCACCAGGCAACAGACAGUCCAGCUGCUCAAGAAGUUUCUGAAGAACCACGUAAUAGAAGAUGUGAAGGGCCGCUGGGGAACAGAGAAUCUGGAGGACAACAACACGCUUUACAGAUUUCCGUCCACCUCUCCGCUGAAGCUCAUUCCUUGCCCUGCUGCACCCUCAGCUUCCAAAGCUGUUAAGAAAAGGCCUUCACUCAGAGACAAGGAAGGUUUCUUCAGGUUUAAGAGCAUCAAGAAGAAUGAGGACACAGAGGAAACUGUCAAUCCCGAUCAUCAGUCAGAGGAAGAAAAAAAGGCACAAGAGCAGCAGAUACAGAGACGAGCGCUAACUGAAGAAGACGAACGUAACAUCUGGAGAGACACCAUUAUGACGCACCUCCACAAGAUUCUUGGUGUUGCAUCUCUGGAUGAAGUGUUAGACCACCGUUCGAUAAACCCUCAAAACAUCAUCCAUAAUAUGACUAAAGUCAACAAGCAUGGGGUGGUCACCCUGGACGACAGGACCAAUGACCUUCCUCAUUGGGUUUUGUCCGCCAUGAAGAGCCUGGCUAAUUGGCCAAAGUAUGACAGCGCACAGCCAUCCUAUCCAGGCUUUGAAAGGGAUGUCUUCAAAACAGUGUCGGAUUACUUCUACAGCCUUCCACAGCCAUUACUCACAUACGAACUAUACGAACUGUUUAUCAACGUGCUGGUGUAUUGUGGGUAUGUUGCAGCACCCACUGCGCACCAUCGUGGCAAACGAAAGAAGCAUGACCAUCCAUCAGCGUCCCCUCCCGCCAAGACAUCGUUUCACUCCAGCGAGUGUCUCCUCCUGUCACUGCUUAGACAGGGAACUUGUGAUGAGACAGAGUCUCCCAUGAGGGAAGUUCUUGGUGGGAAAGUUCAGUCCCAACUGUCUCAGCCGAGAGGAAACACUGCCAGUACGGAUGGUGGUUACUUCAGAAGCAGCUGCGUGAGCCUUAAUACUGCUGGAUCGUUGAGGCGGCAAACCAGGAGCUGGUCACUGGAAACAAUCCUAGAUGACUCCACAUCUCUGGCAAGGCAACCAGUCUUUUUGUCCAAUGAUAGCCUGGCGUCCUGCUUAUCGAGUUACAGGAGCCAGGAUAAGAAACAUCGGACACCUCACAGUUAUUCAGAAUUGACUUCUGCCUCAACGACUGUUGCUUCAUCUGAAAAUGCUCCAGAAACUUCCAACAGACGUUCUACAGUUUCUGUUGCAGCGCAGUCAGCAACACAGAGGUUGCAGACAUUGCGACCACGGAGCGUAGGCAGCUGUUUAGACAUGGUUGUAGAGACCAAUGAAGAAGACAUUAAAGAGAUCAGGUGGCAAGGUCGAGCUGCCAGCUGCCUGAACAUAAACACCUCCGGGGAACAGCAUCACGCCACUGUAACGGCACACCUUCCUUUAGCAUGCGGCAAGUGUCCCUCCAGCUUUUCUUCAUCUCCUGCAACCAGAGCACACUCACCUCACGCUGGUGCAGAACCUAGUAGGCCCAGACCAGCUUCCAGCAUGUCCACUCUUCGGACCCUGCCGCCUGCUGUUUUCCGUCGUUGCCUCAGCUCUCUGGAUGUGUCCAAGCUGCCUCAACCCACUUCACUAUUCAAACCGUCUGUCUGUGUGCCCACUGCCAGCAUGCAGCCCCCUCUACCAAAAUCUGAGCACAGCCUUCUCCAGCCACACAGCGAGCGUGUGGCCAUUGAGGCCCUGCAGCUGUGCACCCUCCUCCUGCCCCCUGCAUCUCGCAGGAAGUUGCAGCUCCUAAUGAGAAUGAUGUCUCGUAUCAGCCAGAAUGUGGACAUGCCCCGCCUCCACCCUGCCAUUGGGACCCGCACCCUGAUGGUCCACACGUUUUCAGCUUGUGUUCUUGGCAGUGCCGAGGAGUGUGACUUGGACGAGCUGUUAGCCACUCGGUUGGUUUCCUUUCUAAUGGAUCAUCAGCAAAGCAUCCUGUCGGUCCCGGAGUAUCUACUCAGUGCAAUCCAUGACCAUGUGCAGUACCUGCGCACAGCACAGGUACCAAUCGACAACGCAGCCGCCGUUGUUGAUAGUGGUGACCCAGUGUGCGUUCCCAUGCCCCUGUAUACGUUUUGCCGUCAGAUUAGUGGUGCAGAGUUUGAGCAGCAAAAAUUAGCGUCUUCCCAGAAGGCCAUGGAGGAGUUACUGGAGAUGCUGGUGACAGACCAAAAUAUGACUGAGAAGGACAGACGCAAAAAGUUGAAGCAGUUUCAGAAGCAGUACCCUGACAUCUACAGUCAGCAGUUCCCCUCCACAGAGAAGGCGAAUAAGACUGACAACAAGCCAAAGAUUAAAGCCCCGCUGCUCAAUAUCAAGAAAACCAAAUCUUUCAGUAUCAGGAACUGAACUGGCCAGCAGGUCUCGCUGUUGCUGAUAUCCAGUCUUUUCGAAGAUCUCUGCACUACAACUGCACUCACACUGGUACCCACAGCAUAUUUGUUACAUGGAAAACUGUUAUCACCGUUUGGGUGUGUGUAUACGCCACCGGGACCUUUUGGGAAUUAUUUUUCUUAGCUUUUACUGUAAGUUAAAUGGCAGUAGCUUGAUGCCAAUUGUUUGAAAAGCAAUUAAGCGUGUCCGCAUGUUUUUAUUUACUAUAUAUUUUUACACACGUGAACUUUUACUCAAAAUGUUGAUUGAUUGUUUUACAGUAGAAUUAUGUGUUGCGUUUGCAUAGAACUGGAAAAGCCAAAAGCAGUGAAGCAUAUUUUCAGUUUGAACGUGAAUCUGAUGUUCUGUACUGGGUUUCCAACAGCAGCAAGCAUAAUUCAGUCAUUAAUGUUAAUUUAAAAACAAAGUAUAUACAAUAUAGACUCCUUUUUAAGAAGGCUUUUAUUAGAAACCUAUAUUUGUUUUGGGGUUAAAGGUUAAGAGGUUUAUUCCUUAAACCUUUUAUUUUUUAAAAGUGCUUUUAGGAAAUGUACUUAUCUUGCCUUGAAAUGUCAUCUUGUAUUUAUUGAGCCCAGCUUUAUAUGAAGUAUUAUUUCAUUUUUAGUUUGUAGUUUUCUUAGCUAAAUAAAGUACAUACAUAGUUACGUCCGUUAACACUGGGUCCUACAGUAUGCACCGCAGUGGUUAUGAA